AUGCCAGCCUACCUUGUUCGAUUUGCCCAAUACCAUGUUCAGUUUCGUCUUGCAGAGCUGCUCUCGCUUGCAAAGCUCCAUAAUAUAUGGCUAGAGUAUAAUGAGCAGGAAUAUACAGAUAGGAGUGCAUUCCUGGUGAUUCAGCUAGAAAAUAAUGCAGCAGCUGUUGAUUUAGUAUCUCGGUCUAUCCUUAUCAAAGAUAUUAUAGAACUAUGGGCAGUAGAAGGCACGUUCGAGUCUAUGGUUGAUAGCAUCAAGUCCGGCUCACAAUGGAAGCGACCCGAGUAUAAAGCAUGUUCAUUCAAGUUCAUGGUGCAGGCAAGCGGGAUUACAAUGUCUUUUCCACAGCAAAUUGAACGGAUCGAGCGAUUUGGAUGGUUGGGUUUUGACGGACCGAUUGAAAUGCAUAAUCCAGAUGCUAUCUUUGCAUAUUUUGAAGAUUAUGGAUUCGGAGCAUCUGAAGGCGUAGCAACUCCACAAUUACCUUUAAAAGUAUAUUUUGGUUUAUGGGUGUCAGCUGCCAAUCGUAAAUUAGUUACUCAGUAUGAUCUUAAAAAACGUGGAUACCUUGGUACAACAAGCAUGGAUGCCGAGCUAUCACUUGUGAUGGCUAACCAGGCACUUGCACAACCUGGAUCAUUUAUUCUUGACCCUUUUGUAGGAACUGGUAGUUUUCUUGUAUCCUGUUCUCACUUUGGCGCAUAUACAUUCGGAUCGGAUAUUGACGGUAGACAAAUCCGUGGAACUAUGGGUAAAAGCAUCGAGACGAAUAUUGACCAGUAUAUGCUUCAUAGCCGAGUUUUAGGAAGCUUGAUCUGUGAUAUCGCUCAUCAUCCAUGGCGCAAAGGAGCUUGGUGGGAUGCUAUUGUUUGUGAUCCACCAUAUGGUGUACGUGCUGGAGCAAAGAAAAUUUCAAGUGCAGGAUCUGGUAGUACUAACAAGAGUGGCAAGGAUUUGACGCAUUUUAAAGAGAAUGGCGAGCCGCGAUAUCCUUCAACUGAAGUGUAUGAAAUGGAAGAUGUGAUUGUUGAUUUAGUUGCCUUUGCUGCAGCAUACUUGGUUCCAGGCGGACGCUUAGUGUUUUGGCUCCCUACCCUUAAUGAGCAAUACGAGCCGCAGGAUAUUCCCACACACCCUCAACUUGUUCUAAUCUCCAACAGCGAACAAAGUUUUGGUAAGUGGAGUAGACGGUUAAUUACAAUGGAAAAAGUGGCGGACGAUGCUUUAGGAAGCAAUGACACCCAUCUGAAAGACUUGAUUUCGGAAAGAGAAGCAGUUGUUAGGGUCAAUUCAAAUGAGAAGGUUCCUGGACAUGCACGAUUCAGAGAAAAGUAUUUUGGAGAGAUUUGAUGUUCUGAAUAAAGUACAUACCAGCAUUAUCGAUGCACAUAUGAUAUGCUUGAUAUGUGACU